AUGACUGAAAUUAACGGUGAAGUCAAAAGACUAAGCUGUACUGUGCCACUUGUACGAAACCAGUCAUACUCAGCAAGGCAUCAAAUUGCUGAGCAUUUUAUCGGAGGUAACAAACUGGAAAAUGCCUCUCCAAGUGAUGUGAAAGAGUUUGUCGCAAAACAUGAUGGACACACUGUUAUUACAAACGUUCUUAUCGCAAAUAAUGGCAUUGCUGCUGUCAAGGAAAUCCGAUCGGUCAGAAAAUGGGCUUACGAGACUUUCGGAGAUGAACGUGCCAUUCAGUUCACUGUUAUGGCAACGCCUGAAGAUCUUCAAGCAAAUGCCGAUUAUAUUCGUAUGGCUGAUCAAUAUGUAGAAGUUCCCGGUGGCACGAAUAAUAAUAAUUAUGCAAAUGUCGAGUUAAUUGUAGAUGUGGCAGAGCGAAUGGAUGUUCAUGCCGUCUGGGCCGGAUGGGGACAUGCUUCAGAAAAUCCAAAAUUACCCGAAUCACUUGCCGCCAGCCCAAAAAAAAUCGUCUUUAUAGGGCCGCCCGGAUCUGCAAUGAGAUCACUUGGUGAUAAAAUAUCCUCAACAAUUGUAGCCCAGCAUGCCAAGGUGCCAUGUAUACCUUGGUCUGGAACAGGAGUAGACCAAGUUGAGGUAAACGAUGAAGGAAUCGUAACUGUUGAUAAAGGAGUAUAUAUGAAAGGAUGUGUUCAAUCCUGGCAGGAGGGGCUUGAAAAAGCACGAGAAAUUGGGUUCCCAGUCAUGAUUAAAGCUUCCGAAGGUGGUGGUGGUAAGGGUAUUCGAAAAGUAGAUUCCGACGAGGGAUUUGAGGCGCUUUACAAAGCUGCAGCAAAUGAAAUUCCUGGAUCGCCAAUAUUUAUAAUGAAGCUUGCUGGCAAUGCGAGACAUUUAGAGGUGCAGUUACUGGCCGAUGAAUAUGGAAACAACAUCUCACUAUUCGGAAGGGAUUGCUCUGUUCAACGAAGGCAUCAAAAAAUCAUCGAGGAGGCACCUGUUACAAUAGCAAAGACGUCAACUUUUCAAGACAUGGAAAAAGCCGCCGUCCGCCUAGGACGUCUUGUAGGCUACGUUUCUGCUGGGACUGUCGAAUAUUUGUACUCCCAUGCUGAAGAUAAAUUCUAUUUUUUGGAAUUAAAUCCCCGGCUUCAGGUGGAACAUCCAACGACAGAAAUGGUCAGUGGUGUCAAUUUACCCGCGGCGCAGCUUCAAAUUGCAAUGGGACUUCCUCUUCACAGAAUCCGAGACAUCCGAUUAUUGUAUGGAGUAGAUCCUCAAGGAUCUACAGAAAUAGAUUUUGAUUUUUCGAAGGAUUCUUCUUCUGAAACUCAGAGGAAGCCAACACCUAAAGGCCACACAACUGCAUGUCGGAUAACCUCUGAAGACCCUGGGGAAGGGUUUAAGCCAUCAAGCGGCAUGAUGCAUGAACUAAACUUUAGAAGUAGUUCCAACGUCUGGGGUUAUUUCUCUGUGGGUACAGCUGGUGGAAUCCACAGCUUUUCGGACAGUCAGUUUGGUCACAUAUUUGCGUAUGGUGAAAACAGAUCAGCAUCUCGGAAACAUAUGGUAGUUGCAUUAAAAGAACUAAGCAUCAGAGGAGAUUUCCGUACGACGGUCGAGUAUUUGAUUAAACUACUUGAAACUCCUGCCUUUGAAGACAACACCAUCACAACUGGCUGGCUAGAUGAACUUAUCUCUAAUAAGCUCACUGCUGAAAGACCCGACCCUACACUAGCUGUUGUUUGUGGUGCAGUCACCAAGGCUCACAUUGCGAGUGAGGCUUGCAUAUCUGAAUACCGAACAAGCUUAGAGAAGGGACAGGUUCCGGCGAAAGAUAUUCUUAAGACAGUUUUUCCUAUCGAUUUCAUCUAUGAUGGGCAGCGAUACAAAUUUACAGCCACCAGGUCGAGCUUAGAUAGUUAUCAUUUGUUCAUCAAUGGGUCUAAAUGCUCUGUUGGUGUUCGAGCAUUAAGCGACGGGGGACUCUUGGUUCUCCUCAGUGGUCGGAGUCACAACGUUUACUGGAAAGAAGAAGUUGGAGCUACCAGAUUGAGUGUCGAUAGUAAAACAUGCUUACUAGAGCAAGAGAAUGACCCUUCUCAGCUUAGAACCCCCUCGCCUGGGAAACUAGUUAAGUAUACUGUUGAAAAUGGAGAGCACGUUAAGACAGGGCAACCAUUCGCUGAAGUGGAGGUGAUGAAGAUGUACAUGCCUCUACUCGCAGCUGAGGACGGUAUUGUACAACUAAUAAAACAACCCGGAGCAACUCUUGAGGCAGGAGAUAUUUUGGGAAUACUUGCUCUAGAUGACCCUUCAAGAGUAAAACAAGCGCAACCUUUCUUAGGGCAACUACCUGACUUGGGACCACCUCAGGUUGUCGGAACGAAGCCGGCUCAAAGGUUCGUUUUACUACACAAUGUGCUACUCAACAUUUUAGACGGUUUCGACAAUCAAGUUAUCAUGGCAGCUUCUUUGAGAGAACUUAUCGAUGUUCUCCGUGAUCCAGAGCUUCCGUACGGUGAAUGGAAUGCCCAGUUUUCUGCUCUCAGCUCGAGAAUGCCACCUCGCCUUGCUACGACUUUUGCUCAAGUAAUGGACCGUUCAAGACAAAGAAAAGCCGAUUUCCCAGCACGAAAUCUCUCAAAAGCUCUGAAUAAAUUUCUUGACGAAAACGUUGAUCCGUCUGAUAUAGAUGCGCUCAAAGCCACGUUAUCUCCCUUAAAUGACGUAAUGGAGAGAUACGCUGAAAGUCAGAAAGUUCAUGAAUUUAACGUAUUUGCUGACCUCCUAGAGCGGUACGCAGCAGUAGAAAGAUUAUUUUCCAAUCGAACAUCUCGUGACGAGGAAGUUAUACUAAAACUGAGAGAUGAAAACAAGGACGAUAUUUCAAAAGUAAUUCAGACCGUUCUUUCUCAUAGUAGAAUCGGAGCUAAGAAUAACUUGAUUCUAGCUAUACUGGAUGAGUAUAAACCCAACAAGCCUCAUGCCGGUAACGUUGCACAGUUCUUUAGGCCGGCUCUUCGAAAGUUGACUGAACUCGAAUCACGACAAACUGCAAAGGUUUCCCUCAAAGCCCGUGAACUGCUCAUUCAAUGUGCUAUGCCUUCAUUAGAAGAGCGAGCAGCUCAGAUGGAACAUAUCCUAAGAUCAUCAGUUGUUGAGUCAAGGUACGGUGAAACAGGAUGGGAACACCGCGAACCUGACAUUGAAGUGCUCAAAGAAGUCGUCGAUUCCAAAUAUACGGUCUUUGAUGUGUUACCACUUUUCUUCGGCCAUCAAGAUCCAUGGGUCUCGCUUGCAGCUCUUGAAGUUUACAUCAGGCGUGCAUAUCGUGCCUACUCUUUAAAAAAGGUUGAGUACCACAACGAUAGUUCUGAUUCUCCGUUCAUUGUCUCUUGGGACUUUGUACUUCGAAACGUUGGCACGUCUGAAUUCGGACUACCAGCCCAGUCAGGCGCAGUCACACCUGCCUCUUCAGAUUUCAAAAGUAAUUUUCAACGCGUAGCAUCCAUCAGCGAUAUGUCAUAUCUUGUGAAUCGCGAGAGCCACGAACCUAUUAGAAAGGGUGUCAUAGUACCCGUCCCUUAUCUUGAUGAAGCCGAAGAAUACUUAGUCCGAGCCCUCGAAUUUCUUCCUACAUCUUCAGGUCGUAAAAAGUACCCUAACGGACUAAUGCCAGAUUUGGCCGGGAAACGGAAGACGGUGUCUUCUAAUGCUGAAGACGAAUUAACAGCAGUUGUGAAUGUUGCAGUUCGUGACUCCGAAAGUCACGACGAUAAUGAAACAGUUGCUAGGAUCAAUGCAAUUGUAAAAGAGAUCAAAUCAGAACUACUAUCUCGCCGCGUCCGUCGCCUAACGUUCAUCUGUGGUCACAAAGAUGGAUCUUACCCAGGGUACUACACUUUCCGUGGUCCCAAAUACGAAGAGGAUCAAAGUAUUCGUCACAGUGAACCAGCUCUGGCCUUUCAGCUUGAACUCGAAAGACUAUCCAAAUUCAGGAUCCGGCCUGUUUUUACUGAAAAUCGGAAUAUUCAUAUCUAUGAGGCAAUCGGUAACAAUGUUGAAGGCGACAAACGAUAUUUCACUCGUGCAGUUGUUCGCCCAGGAAGACUAAGAGAUGAAAUUCCAACUGCCGAGUACCUUAUCUCCGAGUCUGAUAGACUGAUGAAUGAUAUUCUUGACGCCUUGGAGAUCAUUGGAAACAACAACUCUGACCUAAAUCACAUUUUCAUAAACUUCUCGCCUGUCUUUCCUCUGCAGCCACCAGAAGUGGAGGAGGCUCUUGGUGGAUUUUUAGAGCGUUUUGGACGUCGUCUUUGGAGAUUGCGUGUUACUGGCGCCGAGAUACGCAUCAUUUGUACUGAUCCUGUUACUAGCAUGCCUUACCCUCUUCGUGUUGUCAUCACAAACACCUCUGGAUACGUGAUACAAGUGGAGAUGUAUGCCGAAAGAAAAUCCGAAAAGGGUGGCGAAUGGGUCUUCCAUAGUAUCGGCGGUACGACUCCUAUCGGAUCCAUGCAUUUGAGAUCUGUUUCAACUCCAUAUCCCACCAAGGAGUGGCUUCAACCCAAAAGGUACAAGGCCCACUUGAUGGGCACGCAGUAUGUCUAUGACUUUCCGGAAUUGUUUAGACAGUCCAUUCAAAAUAGCUGGUCCAAGGCUGCUCGUAAGCAUCCUUCACUACUCGAAAAGCAGCCAGCCACUGGGGAGUGCAUUGACUUCAGUGAGCUUGUUUUGGAUGACACCGACAAUCUCGCUGAGGUUAAUCGUGAGCCGGGAACUAACAGUCACGGAAUGGUCGGAUGGAUUAUCACAGCAAGAACACCGGAGUACCCCAGAGGUCGAAAGUUUGUCGUGGUCGCAAAUGACAUCACAUUUAAAAUUGGCAGUUUUGGACCGAAAGAAGACCAAUUUUUCCACAAAUGCACGGAACUUGCAAGAAAAUUGGGCAUACCGCGGGUCUAUUUAUCUGCUAAUUCUGGAGCUCGAAUUGGUAUGGCAGAAGAGCUGAUACCUCAUUUCAAUGUCGCUUGGAACGACCCAGAAAAACCUGAGGCUGGCUUCAAGUAUCUAUACCUCAAUCGAGAUGCCAAAAAACGCUUCGAAGACGGAAAGACAAAAGAAGUUAUCACCGAAGAAAUUGUCGAGGAUGGAGAAACUCGUUACCGUAUAACUACAAUAGUUGGCGCUGAAGAUGGUCUCGGUGUCGAAUGUCUAAAGGGUUCAGGUUUAAUUGCGGGUGCUACAAGUCGUGCAUAUGAGGACAUCUUCACAAUUACCCUUGUGACAUGUAGGUCCGUUGGAAUAGGGGCUUAUCUUGUUCGUCUUGGACAACGAGCAAUCCAAAUAGAAGGACAGCCUAUUAUUCUUACUGGUGCCCCUGCAAUCAACAAACUUCUUGGCCGCGAAGUAUAUACUUCAAACUUGCAACUUGGUGGAACCCAGAUUAUGUACCGAAAUGGAGUCUCUCACAUGACGGCAACUGAUGAUUUUGAGGGUGUUUCCAAAAUUCUCGAGUGGAUGUCAUACGUACCCGAUAAAAGGAAUAAUCCAUUACCAAUUGGACCGGCAAGUGAUUCGUGGGAUCGGGAAAUAGGUUACUCACCACCACCCAAGCAGCCAUAUGAUGUCAGAUGGCUUAUAGCUGGCAAGGACGACGAAGAAGGGUUCUUACCUGGUCUAUUUGAUAAGGACUCUUUCGUCGAAACUCUUGGCGGCUGGGCCAAGACUGUCGUUGUCGGUCGUGCAAGACUUGGUGGUAUUCCGAUGGGUGUAAUUGGUGUUGAAACUCGUUCGGUCGAAAAUAUUACACCCGCAGAUCCUGCAAACCCUGAUUCUACGGAGCAAAUUACUAAUGAAGCAGGCGGAGUAUGGUAUCCAAACUCUGCUUUCAAGACUGCUCAAGCAAUCAAGGACUUCAAUAAUGGCGAACAAUUGCCAUUGAUGAUACUUGCUAAUUGGAGAGGAUUCUCUGGAGGCCAGCGGGAUAUGUACAAUGAGGUAUUGAAAUAUGGCUCAUAUAUUGUCGAUGCCCUCGUCAAGUACGAACAACCAAUUUUUGUAUAUAUACCUCCAUUUGGAGAGCUACGCGGAGGCUCUUGGGUUGUCGUUGACCCUACCAUUAAUCCAGAUUUUAUGGAGAUGUAUGCGGAUAUUGAUUCUCGCGGUGGCGUCCUUGAGCCUGAGGGUAUAGUAAACAUCAAAUACCGUCGUGACAAGCAACUUGAGACUAUGGCGCGUCUGGAUUCUGAGUACGGUGCUCUUCGAAAGCAGCUCACAGAUCCAUCACUCACUCCAGAUCAAUUAAGUGAUAUUAAAGUUAAAGCAAGUGCACGAGAGCAAUUACUUUUACCUGUGUAUAUGCAGGUUUCAUUACAGUUUGCUGAUUUACACGAUCGAGCUGGUCGUAUGAAAGCAAAAGAUGUAAUACGUCAGUCAUUAGUUUGGAGAGAGGCUCGCCGCUUCUUCUACUGGCGGGUACGUCGUCGUGUUAACGAAGAGUACAUUCUAAAGCGUAUGUCGACGGCGUCAAAGAACUCUCUGAAAUCUCGAGCUCGAAACAUUGCAACUUUAUCUGCAUGGACUGGCAUCUCAUUAUUCGAAACGGCUGACCGAGAGGUCGCAAUGUGGUACGAAGAAAAUCGUAAAGUUGUCGGUGAGAAAGUCGAGUCUCUCAAGACUGAUGACGUAGCAUUUGAGAUCUCAGCCUUGCUGCGAUCUAAUGGAAAGGGUGGACUUAAAGGUGUACAUCAGGUGCUGAGUAUGUUGCCUGCUAAUGAGAGGGAAGAGGCGUUGAGAUACUUGAGUGAAACAUAA